GUUGCAAGAAGCCAGUCUCUGCAUCAGAGAAGGAGAUGGACUGGGCUCAGAUAGCCUGCCACCGAUGUCUGGUUUACCUGGGGGAUUUAGCUCGAUAUCAGAAUGAAUUGGCAGGCGUGGACACAGAAUUGCUGGCUGAAAGAUUUUACUAUCAAGCUCUCUCUGUCGCCCCACAAAUUGGGAUGCCUUUUAACCAACUUGGGACGCUGGCUGGGAGUAAAUACUACAAUGUGGAAGCUACCUAUUGCUACCUGCGCUGCAUCCAGUCGGAAGUGUCCUUUGAAGGCGCUUACGGGAAUCUGAAGCGCCUCUAUGACAAGGCAGCCAAAAUGUAUCACCAGCUGAAGAAAUGCGAGACCCGGAAGCUGUCCUCAAGCAAAAAAAGGUGCAAAGACAUUAAAAGGUUACUGGUGAGCUUCAUGUAUCUACAGAGCCUCUUUCAGCCAAAGAGUAGUUCUGCUGACUCGGAGCUGACCUCCCUCUGCCAGUCAGUCCUGGAGGAAUUGAACCUCUGCCUUUUCUACUUGCCCUCUUCACCCCACCCGACCUCCACUGUGGAGGAGGAGGAGGAGUGGGAGAACGGCUGCUCCUUCCUGCCGGACCUGCUCAUCUUCCGCAUGAUCGUCAUUUGCCUGAUGAGCGUCCACAGCCUCAAGAGGGCAGGCUCCAGACAGUACAGUGCAGCCAUUGCAUUCACCCUGGCCCUUUUUUCACACCUGAUUAACCAUGUCAACAUCCGCCUCCAAGCCGAACUGGAAGAAGGAGAGAACCCAGUUCCAGCCUUCCAGAACGAUGGCACCGAGGGCCCAGAGGCCCAGGAGACGGCAAACUCCGUCGAGAGAGAAAGUGAAGCUGACUCGGCUGGCCCCCGGCCCCCUGGGGAGCCACAGCAGAACGACAGCCAAAAGGGCAAAAAGUAUUCGCGCCUCUCUUGCCUGCGCCGUCGCCGCCGGGCCCAGAAGCUGGAUGAGAGUGACCUGAGCGAGGGCUUCGACUCAGAUUCCAGUCCAGAGUCCACCAAAGCCAGUGGCGCCUCGGAGACGGGCUCCGAGAAGAGCGACGAAGAAGCCGAGGCGGCCUUUGACAUGGAGUCUGAUUCCGACAUGAACAGCCAGGAAUCCCGCUCGGAUCUGGAAGACAUGGAGGAAGAGGAGGCCGAGGCUGAAGGGGGCAAUGGAAAGUGGGGCCAGCCCCGGGGUGUCAAGAACGGGACCAGGGGAGCCCCAGACUUUUUGGCCAGUGAAGGGGGUCGGCUGCCAGACUUGAAGGGCCCUGGCCUCCCCAAGACUGACCCUCCAGAGCCUGUGGCCAACGGGCCGGGCUCCUUGGGUGGCAGUGAGGCCAGCAUCGCCAGCAACCUGCAGGCCAUGUCCACGCAGCUCUUCCAGACCAAGCGGUGCUUCCGGCUGGCCCCCACUUUCAGCAACGUCCUUCUGAAGCCGGGCUGUGGGCCGCCCACUCCGAAGGAGGCAACAGGAGAUGGCAAGCCUUGCGUCAACGGGGACGUGGAGAGGUCCUUGGCACCUGAGCCAG